UGGCUGCAACCGAGGUCUAAGAGAGACCUGUCCUCCCCUCAUCCUUCCCACCUGAAACCCUAAGAUAGAUCAUAAACCUAGAUGAUUCAUUUCUUUCGCCGGUCAUUUUUUUUUUCACCUGCGGUGAGAUCGUGUCCUGUAAAAUCCACCGCUUAAGACAUCGACAUUAGCUACCUUUCAUCUAUCUGCAAUACCCAGCCCCCAUUUCCUUCCGUCUUUUAUCUCCUAGCAUCGCAGAAUCCAAACACCUCCUCAUCCAUUCUCCGACCACCGAGAAAGUUCAUUUCACGUGAGGCCUAUUUUCAAAACCUUAAUCUGCCUCCUCUUCGUGUCUUCCCGAAACUCGUGCAAAACAGUAAAGCUUGUUUUUGCCUUCGUGAUCUCGGAUUGGUCAAGAAAUCAGGUAAUCGGUAAUUGUUCUCCGAUUCGUCACCAUCUCAGUCGCUAUUUCUGUCCUCCCCCCUGACAACUUUAAUAGAGAAGCUCAGGCUUCUCUCCUCCUUUAAGAAGCUGCAUUCUGCUCUUGCCAUCGCAAGAUCCACACCAGGUAUUGUUGCUAGCUUUUUUUACUGAUCGGACCUUGAACCUCCUCUUCGGUUCUAUCGCAUCUUCUGAAAUUGAUUGUAUCUCAUUUGGGACUGAUCUCGAAGAUUGGGUUCAUGGUCAAGGGGAUGGGUUUGGUUUCAAGAAUAUUUGGGAUCAAGAUUUGGAAUGAGUGAUGUUUAAAUCUUGUUGCAUGAGAGUAGGUUUCAAGAAUAUUUGGGAUCAAGAUUUGGAAUGAGUGAAGUGUAAAUCUUGUUGCAUGGGAGUGCAGACAAUGGGAUCUCAAGGUGAUGGUAGCAGUGAUGGAAAACAGUCUCAGUUCCAGUCGCUGGCACGGCAAAACUCCAUGUAUAGUCUAACUCUGGAUGAGGUUCAAAAUCAUUUAGGCGACCUUGGGAAGCCUUUGAGCAGCAUGAACCUUGAUGAACUGCUCAAGAAUGUAUGGACAGUUGAGGCUAACCAUUCUAUGGGUGCGGAAGUUGAGGGCACACAAUUGGCCAAUCAAACUGCUCUGCAGCGUCAGGCAAGCCUGUCAUUGACUGGUGCUCUGAGCAAGAAGACUGUCGAUGAGGUUUGGAGAGACAUUCAACAAAAUAAAAACAAUGGGGAAAAGAAGUCGAGGGAACGGCAGCCUACCUUGGGAGAGAUGACUUUAGAGGAUUUCUUGGUUAAAGCUGGAGUUGUUGCUGAAGCAUCCUUGGAGAAAAAGGAUGGCGAUCCUGUUCUUGGGGUAGAUACAAAUAUAGGACCACAGUUCCCACAACAGCAAGGUCAAUGGAUGCAAUACCCGCAUCCGCAGUAUCAGCAUCCUCAACAACAGAUGAUGGGGGUAUAUAUGCCAGCUCAGCCAAUGCCACAGCCACUUCAUGUGGGGGCCGGUCCUGUAAUGGACGUUUCAUACCCUGAGAAUCAAGUGGCCUUACCUUUACCUUCACCUUUGAUGGGAACAUUAUCGGAUGUACAGACACAUGCGAGAAAGCGAGGCACACCAGAGGAUAUGAUAGAGAAGACUGUGGAGAGGAGGCAGAAGAGGAUGAUUAAGAAUCGGGAAUCUGCUGCCCGUUCACGGGCAAGAAAGCAGGCUUACACAAAUGAGCUUGAGAACAAAGUUUCUCGGCUGGAAGAGGAAAAUGAAAGGCUGAGGAAACGGAAGCAGCUGGAAAAUAUGUUGCCUUGUGUUCCUAUUCCUGAACCAAAAUAUCAACUCCGCAGAACAACAUCUGCCCCAUUCUAACAUCGCAUCUAUUUCCUGUUCUGUGGAAAUUUUGCAGAUGUAAUGUUUUCUGGAUUGUGCUGGCAGCUGUUUCUCGCGUGUGCUUCUCAUGUGAGAUUUUUCUUGUAUCUACUCUAAAAAAUUUCUUUUUGAGUUUUCCUGUUACACUUGUGUAGCUUUUAGUUUUUUUCUUUUCUUCCUUUUUCUUUUUAUAAAGAAUCAUUGCAACAGUUUAUUGUGCCAGAUCCAGCUCUAUCUCCAUCUCCAUCUCCAUAAACAACAUGGAGUACUCAAAACUGCUGUGCUCGUUCACUAGUACUGAUGCUCAAGGAUUUUCUCCUGUAAUUUCAUAGCGAUACGUUGUUUCCAUUCUUGGCGACCGAGAAACCCAACCCAACCCCACUAAUUUUAGGGAUUGAUUUUGUUACCGGUUCUAACUCCAUCACUAACAAGCUGGACAUGUUCACUGUAUCAUUUCCAUCUCCAUGAACAGCUUAUUCUGUUAAUAAAAAACAUUUCCACUUCCAGCCAAGUCUCUGCUGUGCAGCACUCUAUUCUCAAAUCCCAAUUACACAUACCAUGGGGGCCUCAGGAGCUGUUGCCCUUGAUUUCUCAAUUAAAGGUAUUGGAUAUGUGCAAGCCAUCCCGAACACCUCAGCUGUCCAUUCCUCUCUCAAACUGGACACACCUGGGUAAAUCCACAACCCUACCAUGCCUAGACUUCGGAGAAGAAAAGGGAGGCCAUGAAUCAAAGACAAUUGCACAUUGGGAAGGUUUGCACGUGCCUGCGGGCAAUUAUAAUCAUCCAGUUACUAUGCAACAGAAGACGGUGUAAACAAAUGCAUUCAGGGCAAAGGACCAGAAAAUGGAGACGGAAACAAGAUCCUUCAGUUGAGGUUGGGAUCGAGGUAUAGAAUUAGUGGGUGACUGUUGCCGGUUGGUUGACACGAGUACAGCAUCUGAAAUCCAUAUUUCCUUUUGGUUUUUCUCUCACUUUCACCCUCUUCUUCUCCAUAGAUUGUGACUCCAUAGUCCACUCUACUUAUCAUCAUCCUGAUCUCACUGGUUCUCGGAUCAACUUUGCUAGAAAUGAAGAAGGGAUGGGUUGAAAUUCUUUUGCUUGUUAUUUGUUGAUUGGAGUCGAGAUGGAGUUUGAUUGUAGGUUUCUCUAGUGCUUUUGCUACUGAAUAGUUGUGUUACAUUAAAGAUAAAAUAUCAAAUUGCGUUUCGGAGCUAUGAUAUUACAAAGACUUGCUGCAGACUUCGUAUGGUGGUUAUGGUAACACUGAUCAGAGAUAUAGGAUACUUUAGGUUGGGAAUCUGAAUUUCUUGAUUCGGUGUUGUUAUUCUUAGUUUUAUUAUUAUUAUUAUUCUAUUUUUAUUUUGUGUCA